GCUUCAGUUUCAGUUAUCGAAUUUACCAUUCAGCUCUUCCCACUUUUUGUGGUCUUUGUUUCUCUCUCUCUCUCUGUUCUUCUUCUAGUAAUACAAUCCCCUUCAAAAUCCGUCAAAUCUUCUUCCUUUAUUCCAUUCUUUCAUUUCCCUUUCUCUUACCCCACCUUGUUUAUGGUCUCUUAUUGUAAAAAACUAUGAAUGAGUAGGUAAUGCAUAGCAACAAGAUCACACUUUUUGACAACUACAAAGAAGAAGAACAAGAAGGAAAAAAGUUUCCUUUUUUAUUUUUGUGGCAUUAAGAGGAGAGUGAUUUGGUCGUUGCAAUGAGUAGAAAGAAAAGGGGACUUUUGUUCAACAUAGAAGAAGUUGCAGUGGACUUCUUCUUCAACCAUCUCUUGAAGGAGAAGCCAUCAAUUCCAUUCUUCAUUCCUCUGCUUUUGGUUGCUUGGGCUAUUGAGAAAUGGAUGUUCUCUUUCUCCACCUGGGUUCCCAUUCUUCUUGUUGUGUGGAUAGCUAUACAGUAUGGUAGGUAUCAACGGAAACUACUUGUUGAGGACUUGGAUAAGAAAUGGCAACGAAUCAUACUGAACACAUCGCCGAUCACUCCGUUGGAGCAUUGCGAGUGGCUGAAUAAGCUCUUGACUGAAAUCUGGUCCAGCCAUUAUAACCCAAAGCUUUCGAUAAGGUUAUCGGCGAUAGUUGAGAAACGUUUAAAGCUCCGGAAGCCAAGACUUAUAGAAAGAGUCGAGCUGCAGGAGUUUUCAUUGGGUUCAUGCCCUCCUAGUGUGGGUCUUCAAGGGAUGCGAUGGUCAACUAUCGGUGAUCAGCGAGUCCUACAACUGGGUUUGGAUUGGGACACAAAUGAAAUGAGCAUUUUGAUGCUUGCGAAGCUUGCAAAGCCAUUGAUCGGAACAGCUCGGAUUGUGAUUAAUAGUCUUCAUAUCAAGGGUGAUCUUCUAUUUACACCAAUCCUGGAUGGAAAAGCACUUUUGUAUUCAUUUGUAUCAACUCCUGAGGUGAGAAUAGGAAUCGCCUUUGGAAGCGGUGGAAGCCAGUCACUUCCUGCCACUGAAUGGCCCGGUGUUUCUUCUUGGCUGGAAAAGCUUUUUACUGACACCUUGGUUAAGACCAUGGUGGAACCUCGGCGCCGCUGUUUUACUUUGCCUGCUGUUGAUUUGAGGAAGAAGGCUGUUGGUGGCAUUAUAUAUAUUAGAGUGAUUGCGGCUAGUAAACUUUCAAGGAGUUGCUUCAAGGGGGGAUCUAGGAGGCCUCAAAAUGGUACAACCAAUAGUUUCUCGGUGGACAGUUUUGAUGACAAGGACCUACAAACAUUUGUCGAGGUAGAAGUUGGGGACUUAAUCAGGAGAACAGAUGUCAGACUUGGAUCAACCCCUCGAUGGGAUGCACCAUUUAAUAUGGUUUUACAUGAUAACACUGGAAACCUUCGUUUCAAUCUUUAUGAGUCUCAUCCCAACAAUAUCAAGUGUGACUACCUAGCAAGUUGUGAAAUCAAGAUGAGGCAUGUUGAAGAUGAUUCAACGAUAUUCUGGGCAAUAGGACCCGAUUCUGGGGUCAUAGCAAAGCAAGCACAAUUUUGUGGAGAUGAAGUUGAAAUGAUGGUCCCAUUUGAGGGGGCUAACCCCGGGGAGUUGAAGGUCAGCAUUGUAGUAAAAGAGUGGCAAUAUUCCGAUGGUACGCAUAGCUUGAACAGUCUCCGGUCGAGUUCUCAGUCAUCAGUUAGUGGAUCAUCAAAUAUUCAGUUAAGAACUGGAAGGAAACUUAACAUAACUGUUAUGGAAGGAAAGGAUCUCGCUGCAAAAGAUAAAUCUGGAAAGUUUGAUCCAUAUGUUAAACUUCAGUAUGGAAAGACUGUCCUGAAAACGAAGACUGCCCAUGGUUCGAAUCCUGUAUGGAACCAGACGUUUGAAUUCGAUGAGGUUAGUGGCGGUGACUACUUAAAAGUAAAAGGCUUCAGUGAAGAAAUUUUCGGAGACGAAAACAUUGGUAGUGCAAAUGUAAAUUUGGAAGGGCUGGUAGAUGGAACAGUCAGGGAUGUAUGGAUACCUCUAGAAAGAGUGCGUUCUGGAGAAUUAAGACUUCAAAUACAAGCAGUCAGGCUCGACGACCAAGAAGGAUCAAAUUCAAGGGGAUCAGCUCCAGGCCCGGCCAACGGUUGGAUAGAACUUGUUCUGAUUGAGGGAAGGGAUCUUGUUGCCGCUGAUCUACGAGGCACAAGUGAUCCAUUUGUGAGGGUGCAAUAUGGAAACAUAAAGAAAAAGACGAAGGUUAUAUACAAAACUCUUAACCCUCAGUGGAACCAGACCUUAGAGUUCCUCGAUGAUGGUAGUCCCCUUGUACUCUAUGUGAAGGACCACAAUGCAUUGUUGGCCGCAUCAAGCAUAGGUGAAUGUGUCGUCGAAUAUCAAAUGCUGCCUCCAAAUGAAACUGCCGACAAGUGGAUACCCCUCCAAGGUGUGAAAAGGGGAGAGAUUCACAUCCAAAUUACUAGAAAAGUUCCGGAGUUGCAAAAGAGAAAUAGUAUAGAUUCUGAACCUUCCUUGAGCAAAUUACACCAAAUUCCGAACCAGAUUAAACAGAUGAUGAUCAAGUUCCGGUCUUUAAUAGAGGAUGGAAACCUCGACGGGCUAUCAGAAGCUUUGAGUGAGCUAGAAACUUUAGAGGAUACACAAGAAGGUUACAUAGUCCAAUUGGAAACUGAGCAAAUGAUGCUUCUCAGCAAAAUAAGGGAGCUAGGUCAAGAGAUGAUUAAUUCUUCUCCUUCAAUGAGUCGAAGAUCUUCUGGAAGUGGAAGCUGACCCUUGUCUUCCUUCUACUUUGUAGUUGAAGUUAAUAUAUACUUUCCCAUGCUCAACUUUGCUUAUGGGAAAAAGAAGGACCAUCAUGGAAAGAUUUUGUACAUGUUUUCUAAUUUUCUUAGCACGCAAGUCAUCUUAUAGUAUCACAUUAUAGCUUGUAUAUGGUUAAUUUGAUUAAUUUUUGUAUUGGUAUGCAUAAUGUUGGGAAUCAGGUGCUGCAUUCAAUACAGAAAGGACUAUUAUAGUUUUUCUUCAUAGGGUUUAGGCCAGUAGAAAUCCUUAGAGAUUCAUGGGUUUGGACAACCAGAAAAUUAGUUUUGUUUCUAUUGUAGGAAUGUAAGGGUUGUGUAGUCUUUUCACAAGACAUGAUUUUAUAGGAUGUGAAGGUUAGUUGUGGAAUUGUUACCAUUAUAUAGUUGACAUGAGUGGUGUUUAUGUAAACUUACACUGGUGACAUAUAAUAUAUAUAGUUCCACUCUUGUUUAUUUUUCUUUGCA